UUUUUUUAGUAGUAUAAAAGCGGCAGGUUAGUACAAAUCAGCAUCCAGUUCAUUGUCUGGAACCGAUGCGAAUAAGAAUAAGCGGUAUCGCAAUGAAGUUAUAUAUAUGCCUGUCAGCACUUUUGUUGGCUUCAGCUUACGCUGAAUCAGAUCAAAAGAAGUCAAAUGCAAAUGCAGUGCCUUUGGAGAAAAAGUUGGACAAACGUGGUCUGCUGAAUCUCGGCUAUGGCUACGGUAUCAACGGACUGGACGUAGGAUACAUUGGUGGACAUGGACAUUUGGGAGGAGCUUACCAUUCGGCUCCAGUCCAUGGGUACGGGCAUGGAGGAUAUCUGCUGGGAGGACAUACGGAUGUGACCAAGACCAUCACUCUUCUGAAAGGAGUGCCUGUGCCAUACACUGUGGAAAAACAUGUUCCUUAUACCGUUGAAAAGCAUGUCCCAUACCCAGUGAAAGUUCCAAUUCCGCAGCCAUAUGAGGUUGUGAAGCACGUUCCAGUGCACGUCAAGGAAUACGUUAAAGUCCCAGUUCAUGUGCCAGCUCCGUAUCCGGUCGAGAAGAAGGUCCCAUACCCAGUGCAUGUGCCAGUUGAUCGUCCCUAUCCCGUCAAGGUUUUGGUACCUCAACCGUAUCCUGUGGAGAAGCAUGUUCCCUACCCAGUGAAGGUUCCGGUUCCACAACCCUACGAAGUUACCAAGCAUGUUCCGGUUCCGGUUAAGGUUGAGGUUCCUGUGCCAGUACCGUACACAGUCGAGAAAAAAGUGCCAGUUGAAGUAAAGGUCCCGGUAGAUCGCCCCUAUCCAGUCCAUGUCCCCGCACCCUACCCGGUCGAGGUGGAGAGACCCGUUCCAUAUACCGUCGAGAAACCCUAUCCAGUCCCAGUGAAGGUACCCGUCGAUCGCCCUUACCCGGUGCCGGUUGAAAAACCAGUGCCGUAUCCGGUUAAGGUUGCCGUUCCGCAGCCCUACUACGUGGAGAAGCAUAUUCCUUACACCGUCGAGAAACCUGUCCCGUACCCGGUGAAGGUCCCCAUCGACCGUCCAUACCCGGUGACCGUUGAGAAGCACGUUCCGGUAGAAAAGCCCGUUCCGGUUCCAGUCCCGGUGAAGGUUCCGGUUGCAGUCCCGGUUUCCUCUCACUACCACCAUGCGCCACUUCAGCACGAUUACGAUACGAGCUACACUAGCUUCAGCGGUUACGGCCACGACUACAGCUACCAUCAUUAGGCAUAUUUAUUGGUUCGAACAUGCCAGUAAAAUAGCCUGACACACAACCGAAACGUAACUAGUAGGAUAGAUGAUAACCAGACAGCAAGAUUCGCACGUACAAACGUCAUCACCCAUCACCAUUAGGCAGAAAUUUGUUACCUUAUAUUUAAAAGCAUCCUUUAUUCUGCCGCGUGCUUAUUUCUAUACACAUUUUGAAUAGCUAUCGGCCGGCAAGUAUUCGUAACUUCGUAACUACGUUUAGUGAUUAUCAAUUCCGCUCGCGGCUGUGAUGUGGAGAGUGCGCGGGACGAACGGACAUGCAACGGGACCAAAACAAAAAAUAAGUAAAUCAACCCAAACCGAACGGAGAAAACUACGGGCAGCACAAAAAACCACCAGCAAGACGUAAAACUGAAAGUUACCAUUUUUUUCUUCUUCUUCUUCUUCUUUUUCCUUCAUCGAAUGCACCAUCAACCGAUAGUGGAACAGACAGAGUAAACCCACAACAAUGUCGAAAUCCCACCUCCCUUCGAAUGUUCCCUGAUCGGUUAAAUUAUGUCAUCCAACAUGUGCAAGCUGACAGCCCGUACGACGUUGUUUAUUUUAUUAGUGUGUACAACUGAAAUGUGAUUUUACUAUAUUUGUAAAAAAAAGUGAAGCAGGAACAAUUCGUGAAUGCUGCUGCAGAAGCGGAAAAAGAGCUGUAAGAAUUUAUUAUUGUAUUUUAUAUGUAAAUAAGAGGUCAAAAUAAAGAAAAAUUUGAAACAGAA